AUGACGAAGAAACUCGAGCGGGAGGCGAGCCCCGAGUCGUUCGAUAACGAGGCUGGUACUGCGGCGGAGGAGAUCGGCCUCAUUUCGCAGGACUACCGCGACAGUCGCCAGUCGCGACGACGCGUUUUCGAUCGCUGGAUCACGCACACCUGGACGGACCUGCAGAAGCUGGGAGAGACCGACAUCCUCAAGCGGUUGCUCAUCACCGCGGUGUUUGUCGGCCUGUGGCAUUUUUUCUCCCUGUCCAUCUCCAUUUCUCCACCAGGCCGUGCAAUUCGCCCUCUCCGCCGUCCUGCUCUCCCUCGUUCCCUCCCUUCGCCCUCGUCGCACGACGCUGCCGCCGUCGACUGUGCUCCCCGGUGGAGAUCCCCACGCGGGGAUCAGCAUGACACGAUUCUAUCUGACCCACCUCGUGCCCUGCGGGGUAGCCACGUCGCUGGACAUCGGGCUGGGCAACAUGUCGCUGCGCUUCACCUCGCUGACCUUCAUGACCAUCUGCAAGUCGUCCGUCCUGAUUUUCAUCCUCCUGUUCGCCUUCCUCUUCCGCCUCGAGACCGUCUCCGUCAGGCUCGUGCUCAUCAUCUCCGUCAUGACGCUGGGCGAAGUGAUGAUGGUCAUGGGCGAGACGGCGUUCAGCGCGGUGGGGUUCGGCCUGGUGACGGCGUCCGCGUUUUUCUCGGGCUUCCGAUGGGCCCUGACCCAGAUCCUGAUCCUGCGCCACCCUGCGACAUCGAACCCGUUCUCGAUGCUCUUCUUCCUCAGCCCGAUCGUCUGUGUGACGCUGGGCAUGAUCGCCCUGGCGGUGGAAGGGCCAGCGGAGAUCAUGCAGGGGUUACACAGGCUGUCGACGGCAUGGGGCGGCCUGACAGGGCUGUCGCUGCUGCUGCUGCCAGGGAUUCUGGCCUUCUGCAUGGUACUCUCGCAGUUUGCGCUGCUGAAGCGCUCCUCGGUCGUCACGCUGAGCGUCUGCGGGAUUCUCAAGGAGGUGGUGACCAUCAGCGCGGCGGGCGUCGUCUUUCACGACAGGCUGACUUUUGUCAAUGCCUGCGGCGUGGUGGUCAUCAUCGGCAGCAUCGCGGCAUACAAUUACAUGAAGAUCUCGCGCAUGAGGCGCGAGGUGCAGACGAAGCUGAUGAAUGA